AAUGAAUUGAAUAUGAACUGAAAGUACAUAUUUACAUCAGUCAAUCAAGCAUUUUUAGUAAUUAAGGUAUUGUUAUUAAAUAUUGUACUGUAUAUAAGUCCUAUCAAAUCCAAGAUAUAUCCAUCAAAUUGCUUGUAUUUUACAUCAAACAAAAGAAAAAUUUGUUUAUAAAACUGUAGGUGACGCAAAACACGCUCUUGUCUUCACUUCUGGCCUCCUAGUUUGUGUGUCCUGAAACGUGUGUGGGCACUGUGGGGCUGCAGCUGGAUAUAUCUCAUCGAUUCUGGUAAUAAUACUUGUUACAAGACAAGGAAGUAGGUCAGUUCAUUGAGCAGUUAAAGCCCCUGGAAAGUCCUACAACAGAUAAAGCUUUGCCAAGCCCUAACCGUUGGUGGACGGCCCGCCCUGUUCCCUUUUUAUAGAUCUCCAGACUACAGCUGAGUUGUUCCCGCAUGGUAAAAAUCAGCAGCAGGAACUAAAGAAGGCAUUAUUACAUUUUCAUUGUUACAGAACACGGGUUUAUGGAAAUCAUAUAUACGUCUUGAAAAAGCAGCUCAUAGCUCAAUUAAAAGGAUUGUCAGACUCUAUAUCUCCUUGUAAACUGUUUUCUCAAGCCUCACUUGUAACUAAAGAGAAACACAAAACGUCAUCAUACAGGUGUCUCACAACUGCUGAAACCAAGAAUUUAAGGGCAGAGGAACAUACGAGGAAAGAAAACAUUGAAAGCUCUCCAAACAAAAGUUUAAAACAUGGCAACUGAAGACCGUGCUGUUGUUGAGGCAAUAAAAGCAUCAGGCGAGUCCACCCUGAAAAGGGCUAAAGCAAAAGCGAAAGAAACAAUUAACCAGUUUUUUAAUGUCCCACUGGACAUCGCUGUGACUGGAAGGACAGGAUCUGGGAAAUCCACCUUUGUAAAUCGUAUCCUAGGCCUACGUGACGAUGAUGAUGGAGCAGCACCUACUGGUGUCACAGAAACUACAAUGGAGCGCACCAUGUAUGAGCAUCCUACAAUGCCAAAUGUGAAAAUCUGGGACCUGCCUGGAAUAGGAAGUCCGAAUUUCAAAGCAAAUAAAUACCUUAAAGAUGUUAAAUUUAAAACCUAUGAUUUUUUCAUUAUCCUGAACUCAGAGAGGUUCACGGAGAAUGAUAUCAUGCUGGCUAAAGAAAUAAGAAAGCAGAAGAAACAUUUUUACUUUGUUCGUUCCAAGAUUGACAAUGACAUCUAUUCAGAGCAAAUGAAAGCAGGAUUUAAUGAGCAGAGAGUUCUUGACACAAUAAGAAAGUACUGUCUGAUAAAAUUGAAUGAACUGGGAAACUCUGAAGUUUUCUUGAUAUCGUCUGUUGAUUUGGAGAAAUAUGAUUUUGAAAAGCUUCAAAACACACUCAUAGAUGAUCUUCCGUUCCAUAAGCAGUCUGCUCUUCUUCAAGCGUGGCCAGUGUGCUCUGCUGCAGCUCUUGAGAAGAAGAUCAAGUUUUUUAAAAAACUGAUCUGGGCUGCAUCUCUUGCUACUGCUGGUAUAGCAGCGGUCCCUGCGCCUGGCACAUCAGUAGCUGGUGAGGCAGCCAUUGCAAUUUUUUUCCUUUUAAGGUGCUAUUAUGCAUUUGGUUUGGAUGACAGAUCACUGAAAAGGCUUUCAGAAAAAGUGAACAUGCCCUUGCUGGAAUAUCGGGCCAAAUCAAAGUUUGCUAAUGCCAUCCAAAACAAAGCAGUGACCACAAUACAGGCUUGUGCUGCGGCUGUAACGAUUUCUACCAUUGCAGAUUUGUUGAGUCUCAUUCCAGGGGUGGGCAGUGCUGUUUCUGCAGGACUGACCUUUGGUUCUACUCAAUACUUCUUGACAGAAGGAUUAAAUGAACUGGCAAAUACUGCUCGAGAGAUCAGAAAAGUAGCUGGGCUGGACACAGUGUAUUAACACCUAGCUGGCCUAAACACGUGUUGUACUCUUAAGAAUGUAUGGGGUCUUAGAUUACUUAUGUUUACUUAAUUUAUUUCUUAUAGAGGUUGAAUGCAAUUUCUGCCAUUGUGGACUAAAUCAUGGGAUGUUGUUUGUUAGAUUGUAUGCUGAAUAGAGAUUGCCACUGUUUUAUUAGUUUUAAAAGAAUAAUAUGUAAUUUGUAUACAGGAAUAAAUUACCACUUUAAUUAUUUGAUAACACUUUAAUUUUUCCAUUGUUGUUUUUUAUUAAAUAUUUUUAUCAAUAUUUUUGUUAAUGAAGUUCCAACAGAAAAAACAGGGUGUCCAUAUCCGAUGAAAUACGUCUGUAGAAUAAAGUAAUAUUUAUGUCAAGAAUUCCACUGGGAUGAGUUAUUUCUCAAGGUUAUGCCAUUUCUUGAUUAAAGGAGUUUUCUCAUUUAUCCAGAACAUCAAAAUGUCCUUUCUUGCCCUAAAAGUUAACAUACUGAACGACAUACUUAUGAUUACAUAUUCAAAAUACAACCAGCCGGCAGACCUAGAA